CUGCAUGCAGUUUGGAAUUUGGAACCAGAGGCAUAACAACGUUGUAUAUGUUAUGUAUAUAUAACGUUGUAUAUGUAUAUGUUGUUAUAUAAUAUGAUAUCUAUGGUCUGAGCAUAUAAAUCAACUAGGCAUAUUGAUUAUAUUGAUUAUAUUUAUUUAUAUGCUUUUUUGGAACUUGCCAUCUUCAUGUGAUCGCGCAUGACUAGUCAGACUACCGCCUACCGAUCACGUACAGUGAGAUUGAUUGACAAUGGAACAGACAGGGGAAAAAACUGCAUUCGUAGUUGGGGGAACAGGAGAAACUGGGAAGAUCCUUCUUCAAAUGCUAUUGGAAAAAAAUGCAUUUAAGCAAGUUGCAUCCAUUGCAAGGCGUGAACUGGAAAACAAAGACAAUGCUUACAAUAACCUGGAACAAGUGAUUGUCAAUUUUGACAAGCUUGAAACGGACCAUGCUGAUGCAUUCAAAGGCUAUGAUGUGGGGUUCUGCUGUUUGGGAACGACUAAAGGCAAAUCUGGAACUGAUGGCUUUAUAAAAGUUGAUCAUGACUAUGUGAUGGCUGUAGCCAGAUUAGCAAAAGCUGGAGGAUGCAAGCAUUUUGUGCUGAUGUCAUCUAUGGGUGCGGAUGCAAAAAGUGGCAUGCUCUAUAAAAAGAUCAAGGGCCAGGUUGAAGAAGAGUGCAAGCAAGUCGGAUUUGAGAAGCUUUCUAUUUUUCGACCAGGGGUACUGCUGGUAGACAGGGAGGAGCGACGGGCAGGAGAGGGUGUGUUUCGUUUCAUGUUAAAGCCAGUCGCAUGGAUGUUUCCAACACUCAUCACCACCCCUAUAGAGAUGGUUGCCGUGGCUAUGAUAAACAAUGUGCAGUCACCAAGCAACCAGAGUGAGGAGUUGCUAUGCAACAAGGAAAUUCACAAUCUUGCCACAGUCAAAUAAGAUGAAGGGA